AUGGGGAACUGCCUUUGCCUUGUCCAUCAGGACGACAAAGUUGUCGUCCGAGUAAUGAAACCGGACGGUAAGAUCCUAGAAUACGAGCCCCCGGUUAAGGUUCAACAUGUGUUGUCCAAUUUCUCCCACCAUGCGAUAACCGACGAGCUGCCCGUCAAGAAACACAUGCUCCCGAGCGCAGACCUUGCAGGGGCCCGCUUGUACUACCUGCUUCCCCUGACGGUACCUCCACCGCGAAAGCCUGCAAACGAGAACAGAAGCAAGAAGAGGGUUCGUUUCUCGGACGACGUGAAAGGUGGCUCGGACGGGUCGGCUGAGGUAGCGCCAGCUGGCACCGUGAGGAUCAAGCUCGUGAUCAGCAAGCAAGAGCUUCAGGCCAUGCUGAGUCGGGAGGGAGCUUUGGUCGAUGGCUGUUGUGACGCGAUUUCGAAAGAUCGGGGCUCACCUUUGGGAAGCACUGCAGAAGUUAACUAG